AAGGACACUCAUAACAUGGUGUGCCAUUACGAAGUGCUAGAAGUUCCUAGAGACGCAGAUGAAGAAACUAUUAAGAAAUCAUAUAGAAAGUUAGCCCUAAAGUGGCAUCCGGACAAGAAUCUUGAUAGACUGGAGGAAUGUACGAAGUACUUCGCAUUGGUCCAGUCUGCUUACGAGGUACUCAGUGAUCCGCAUGAAAAGGCAUUUUACGAUAGACAUAGAGAAAGUAUAUUACGAGGAGGCUUCGGUGUUGAUGUUAAAGAGGACUCCCUGGAUCUUUUCCAAUUCUUCACCACAGGUUGCUAUACGGGAUACGAAGGCCCGAAGGGUUUCUUCUCGGUGUUCAAAAACGUUUUCGAUACGCUCAGCAGAGAAGACUAUGAUUUUAUUGAAGAUCCAUCUGUGUGUUACCCUACCUUCGGUGACGCUACCAGUGACUACGAAACGGUAACUGGGCCAUUUUAUGGCUUUUGGAGUUCUUUUCGCACAGCGAGGUCUUUUGCUUGGUUGGACAAGUAUGAUGUACGACAAGCAAACAAUAGAUAUGAAUUGCGACAAAUGGAAGCCGAAAAUAAGAAAUGUCGUGACGCAGGAAAAACUCAGCGUAAUGAUCAAAUCAGAGAACUAGUGGCUUUCGUCAGGAAGCGAGAUCCUCGAGUCAAAGCUUAUCGUGAACUGUUGGAGAAGCAACACGAAGAGGCCAAGAGGAAGCAGGAAAUGAAUAGAAAGCAGCAAAUUUUACGCAAUCAACAACUCACAUCGGCUUUCCAUGAAAACGAACAUGCUAUGGCUGCUCAUCGUAAGCACAUAGGAGAACUCUUGCAGCAGCUGGCUGACGACGAAGGCUGCAGCGAUUCGGAGAACGACGAGGGCGAGGAGUUGCUGUUUUGUGUCGUUUGUGAUAAGAGCUUUAAAACUGUGAAUGCGAUGGUCAAUCAUGAGAACUCAAAACAGCACAAGAAGCAACUUACUGAAUUGAAACGACACAUGAAGGAGGAGGAUCGCCUUUCCACCGAAUUUUCACCACAAAAUGAGGAACAAAAGGGGAAGAAAGCCAAGCGAGGAGCGAAAAAAGCGGCUUGUGACGAAGAUCUCAGUUGGGAGCCGGUAGAUCUGAAGGAGAAUCCCGAAGAGCAGGAAGCGAAAAUUAUUUUAAUUCGUACACAUUUAGGCGAUAAGAAGGAUUCCGAUAUAGUCGCCAGUACAACUCUGUGUGCUACUGUAAACACCGGUCCGAAAAUUGGGACAUGUGACAAAUGCAAGCAGGUUUUUGAAAGUCGUACAAAGUUAUUUGAACACUUGAAGCUCACAGGGCAUGCCACAGUGAAAGCUUCCGCAAUUCCACAACCCACUUCUAGGAACAAGAAGGAUCGACGGAAAUGA